UAGAUAUAUCGAAUCAUAGAAACAAAAUCACACGCACACAAUAAACAUACAGAAUUCACAAUGAACAAGGAGGACAUGAUCGCCGAUAGGUCUCGGACCUUUCCGGUGGUCCCGAAUCUUCCCCGAUGGUUCUGCCAAAACUGCCGACAUACUCUUUGUAUCGUCGGCGUCGAUUCCUACGCCGACAAGUUCUUGAACGAUUCCUCUUCUCGCUCCGCUAUGCAGGGGUUUUCAGUGCAUGGUGCUAAUAGUGUUGUAGGAUCAAUGCGGAUGGACAAUUCUUUCGUUGUAUUGCCCAAACAAAGACCGCCCCAGGCACAAGGAGUUGCUGCGCACCCUCAUGGUGCUCCUGUUCAAUCUGAAUCAGGACAAUCUGGUGGAAAGGCCAUGGAAGAAUCUUUUGUGGUUGUGUAUAAUUCUGAGUCUGCUUCUGAUGGAGGUGUGACACACUUACCAUCAUUAGACGGAGGACAUAAUGGCCAUUUGCAAUCCAAUAAUACUGGGUUUCACUCUACUGUAACUGUUCUCAAACGUGUAUUUGAGAUUGCUACAACCCAGACACAGGUUGAGCAGCCUUUAUGCCUUGAGUGCAUGAGGGUGUUGUCUGAUAAACUUGAGAAGGAGGUUGAAGAUGUAAACAGAGAUAUUGAAGCAUAUGAAGGUUGCCUUCAGCGGUUAGAGGGGGAGGUCCGAGAUGUUCUUAGCGAGGCUGAUUUUCUUAAGGAGAAGCUAAAGAUCGAGGAAGAAGAAAGAAAACUAGGAGCAGCAAUUGAAGAAAUAGAGAAAGAAAAUGCAGAAGUAAACUCUGAACUGAAAGAACUGGAGCUGAAAUCUAUCCGCUUUGAGGAAUUGGAGGAGCGGUAUUGGCAGGAGUUCAAUAACUUUCAGUUUCAGAUGACAUCACAUCAGGAAGAGAGAGAUGCAAUUCUCGCAAAGAUUGAAGUUUCACAAGCACAUUUGGAGCUGUUAAAGCAAACUAAUGUACUGAAUGAUGCCUUCCCCAUUCAUCAUGAUGGAGAAUUCGGAACAAUAAAUACUUUCCGUCUUGGAAGACUCCCUAAAAUUCCGGUUGAAUGGGAUGAGAUAAAUGCUGCCUGGGGCCAAGCUUGUCUUCUCCUUCACACAAUGUGUCAAUAUUUCAACCAAUUUCCAUACCGAAUAAAAAUGGUUCCUAUGGGGAGCUAUCCACGAAUAAAGGAUGCAAACAAUGUUCUUUAUCAACUAUAUGGUCCAGUGAACUUGUUCUGGAGCACUCGCUACGAUAAGGCAAUGACAUUGUUCUUAACAUGCCUCAAGGACUUUGCUGAGUUUGCAUAUUUGAAGGAUCAAGAAAAUAAUAUUCCACCUGAGAAGCGAUUCAAACUUCCAUAUAAGAUUGAGAAUGACAAAGUAGAAAACCACACAAUCACCCAGAGUUUCAAUAAGCCGGAGAAUUGGACUAAAGCUCUAAAGUAUACUCUCUGCAAUUUGAAAUGGGCUCUCUAUUGGUUUGUUGGAAAUACAAACUUUCAGCCUCUCAAUGCUGUCGCGGCUUCACGGGUUGAAGUUCCAGCUGCAAGUUCAUUGUAUAUAAAGCGUGCUGCUGAUUCCAAAUCUGAAACUCGACACCUAUCCAGACCUUCAAACCGUGCUUAACCUUUGGAUUAUGUACAUAACAAAGCUGUGAAUAGAAAUAGGUUUAGCAGGUCGUCCAAAUCACAUCUUUAUCUGAAAAGUUGUGGGAUAGCAGUUGCUUGGAAUAUUGAACAUCAUAAUAUUUUUUACAUUUCUUUCUUACAUAAUAGUAUCUAUUUUAUUCAGGAACACUAUAUUUUCUUAAA